AUGAGGCCCAGCACCCUCUUGCUCCUGUGUGUUGUGGGUCUCAGUCAGGCUGACAGGGAGAAGAUUUUUAAUGGCGUUGAGUGUGUGAAGAACUCACAGCCUUGGCAGGUGGGGCUGUUCCGUGGCAAAUACCUGCGCUGUGGCGGUGUCCUUGUGGACCGCCAGUGGAUCCUUACAGCUGCUCACUGCAGUGGCAAGUAUGUAGUACGCCUUGGUGAGCACAGCCUCACCAAGCUGGACUGGACAGAACAGUUGAGGCUCACCACCUUCUCCAUGACACACCCCAGCUACCAGGGUGCCCAUCAGAACCAUGAGCACGAUCUCCGACUCCUACGGCUGAGCAGACCCGUUCACCUGACCCAUGCUGUCCGGCCUCUGGCCCUGCCCGCUUUCUGUGCACCUAUGGGGACCAAGUGUCAUAUUUCAGGAUGGGGCAUCACAAACAAGCCGUGGGACCCAUUUCCAGACCGGCUCCAAUGCCUCGACCUCUCCAUCGUCUCCAAUAACACAUGCCAAGCCGUGUUUCCUGGAAGAGUGACAGAGAACAUGGUGUGUGCUGGUGGUGAAGCCGGAAAAGAUGCCUGCCAGGGUGACUCUGGAGGCCCCCUGGUGUGUGGAGGGGUUCUUCAAGGUCUGGUUUCCUGGGGAUCUGUUGGGCCUUGCGGACAAAAGGGCAUUCCAGGGGUCUAUACCAAGAUCUGCAAAUAUGUGCCCUGGAUCAGAACAGUCAUCAGGAACAACUAA